GAGCCCGGGGCUGGCGAGGGACGCUCGCACUUCGCGGGUCCUCUCGCGCCGGCGGGAGAGGCCGGGGACCACGGUGUCCGGCUCCGCGGGCUGCGGGCGGCAGGCAGCGGGCGGCCGCGGCGCCCUGGACGGCCCCGGGCCGUGGGGAGGGGGGUGGUGGUCCGGGCACCGCCAUGGAGCCGGAAUAGGAAGGGAGCGCGCCCACCGGUCCUCGGCCGGCGCCCAGGCCCGGAAGGAAUCCAGGAGGCCUCUGCGGAGAUGUUUGCCAGGACUGAUUCAGUUGAUGUAAUACCUGCUCUUUCCUACUCAAGAGGCUGGUUUAAUUGAUUUAUUUUCCCCGUAAGCGUGGAAGUUAGAAAGUCAGAGUUUCUUACAAUAAGACGUAACAGUUUGAGUUUUCCAGGACUGUAGCCGCUUGACUUUGGUCAUUCACCAUGCAGAGCCGACAAGGAUACUGCAGCUACUGCUGCGUGCGCUAUAAUAGCCUGGAACAGCACAUGGCCAGUCCCCAGCAUAGAUACUUGACCACCCAGAAUCGACAGAGGAUGGGCACCACGAGCUUGAUGGAACGUUUCCUGCAGGACGUGCUCCGGCACCACCCAUAUCAUUCUCAAGAAAACAGAUCAACCCAACAUGAGAGACUUCUUAUGAAUGCUGCGCCACCUCCUGAAGUGGUUCCUGUUGAUGAUUCUGUUUCUGAAGAAGCGACUGAGGAUGCCGCUGGUGUAAAAGGAGAGAGCUCCAGCAAGGGUUCUGAACCUAGUAAAGAGUUACAUGCUAGACCCGGCAAAUCUCAGGAAUGUAUACAGGGUGUUUCAGUAAGACCAUCAGUUAUUCAAAAACUGGAGAAGGGACAGCAGCAACCCUUGGGUUUCAUUCAGAAAAUUGGGAGUGGCAUGAAAGAAUUUAACCCAGUUGGUAUUGGUCAAGCUACACAUACUAGACCAAGCUUAAUAUGUCCAUCAGUGAUUUCUAGUGCUCCUGCUAGUUGUUUAGCUGGAAGUUCCUUUGACAGACCAGUUACAACUAAAACAACUAAGUUAGCAGCAGCAGCCAGUUCGGAUUCAGUCAGAAAAUGUGACCCAAACAAAGUUGACAGAUACCUUGAACAGCCAGACAGGGGCUCUAGAAAUCCUGUGCUGUCAUCCAAUCUAGAAACUUCAGUUUCGUAUCAGAAACCUAAAGAACCAAAUAGGAAAUCUUUAGGUACAAAUUCAGAUAAAUUGAUUAUACAGGAAGCUGUAAAAUCUCAGCGUAAAGCUUUGUCAGCUGGCGCUAAAGUCCGUGAAUUUAUGGGUACUGAAGGCUCCUUAAAAUCUGAAUCUCUUUCCAAAUUAGCUGUUAGCCAAGCAAUCAGCCUGAAUAAAAGUGGCAUGCCUUCUAAUAAGGGAACCUUUGAAGAUGCUACAGCAAAGCACCGUGAGAAAUUCCUUUCUGGUAUGGAUCAUAGCCAAGAGGAAAAGCAUUUGGUUUUUAAUAAGUCAGCCUUUUUAGAACAGAAGAGCUCAGUGAUUUCUGCAGUGAAAUUUGCUCGUGGCUCUCUUCAGUCAGCGUCUGAUCAACCGGAAGAGACUGCACAAGACCUUUGGAAGGAGGAGCAAAUUGACCAAGAAGAUAAAAACUAUGAUUCGAGAGCUUCUGAAAUGAGUUUUGACUGCAGUUCCCCUCAUUCACUGACUGAUGAAUCUAAGGUGACUGCCAAAGAAGUAGACCUUUCAAAGGAAGCGUACGCAGAUUUGCAGUGUAAGAGUAAGACAUCUUUCAUUUCUGUGGUGAGUUCGGAUCGUGAUGGCUCUCUUCCCUUGGCUACUAACCGAACUCAAGUAAUAGUUAAAGGUGUAAGUGCUCAGAAGGCAAAGCCUAUUAGCCUGGUUGAUGAAAGCUAUGAAUCUAGUGAUUCUGAGAUUAAUUUUGAAUGUGAUGCCUUACUUCAAUCAACUGAUGACUACCCCCAGCAACCUGCAAAAGAAGGAAACCUUCCUAAGGAGGAACAUAUUGACUUGGUUGAUAAGAACUAUGGAUCUAGUAGCUCUGAAGUAAGUACUGAUUCUCCGUUUCCUCUUCAAUCAGUAGGUGACCAACUCCCAGUGUCUGUCACAGAAGCAAAACUUGAGAAGGUUCACAUUGGCUUGGUUGAUAAGAACUAUGGUUCAAGUUGUUCAGACACAAGUAUUGAUAAUGAUGCUUCUCCUCAGUCUGUAGUUGAGCAUCCUCACCUGGUUGUCAAAGAAAGAAACGUAAAGGAUAGACAAGUCUACCUGAAAGAUAAUAACCUUAAAUCCAGCAGUGCUGAAGGCCAUCUUGAUUAUGCUGUCUCCCUUGAGACAGUGACUGAUGAAUCUCAGAGGGCUGUUGAAGACAUACCCCUUCUGGAAGAGAGGAAUGAACCUGUGGAUAUGAACUAUGAUUCUCAUGGUUCUGAAAUGAGUUUUCACACUGAUGCUCGACUGGUGCCUGGCCAGUCUGGAGUAAUAGUUAAAAAAGUGAACGCUCGAGAAGUAGCUCUUGACCUGGAGGAGAAGAGUGUUAAAUCUAGCAAUUCUGAUCAAAGUUCUGAUUCUCGUGCUUCUCUUUAUCAGUCACCUAGUGAUCAGCGUGAAAUAAGUCUGAAAGAGUUAAAUGUUGACAUGGAAGUUAAGAGCUAUGGGUGCUCCAGUUCUGAGCUGACUUUUGAAUCUGAUCCCCCUACUAUGUCGGGUACUGAACAUUCUGAGAUGGACAUGGAAGAAAUAAGAAAGAGGCACAUUAACUUGGAAGGUGAGCACUCUGGGUCAAAUAGUUCUGCAAUAACUUUUGACUCUGAUAUUCUUCUUCGCUCAGGAGUUGACCAGCCUCAAGUAGCUAUUUAUGUGGAAGAACCGAGUCAUCUGGAAAAUCAGACUAAUAAAUCUUGUGUUGCUGAAGUAACUUUUGAUUCUGAUAUACCUGUUCAUUCGGGGACUAAUCAACCUGAACUGGCUGUUAAAGACAUAAUCAUUCAGAAAGAAGAUUAUAUACACUUAGGGAGGAAGAAUGAUGAACCCAGUGGUUCUGAAGUAAGUUUGGAUUUUUAUGUCCCUUCUCAUUCAGUGACUGACCCUCCUGAAGUAGCUAUGGAAAAGCUAAAUCUUCAAAAAGAAGAGCAGAUAUACUUAGAAAAUAAGGACAAUGAGCCUAGUGGUUCCGAAUUAAGUUUGAAUUAUGGUAUUUUUCAUUCAAUGACUGGACAUUCUAACAAUCCCCUUAAAGAAAUGAAUCUUCAGGAAGAGCGCAUACACUUGGGAAAUAAAGGUAAUGGGCCUAGUGUUUCUGAAAUCAGUUUGAAAUCUGACCUUUCUUACCGUUUAAUGACUGAUCAUCCUAACAUAGCUGUUAAAGAAAUAAGCCAUCAGAAGGAACACAUGUACUUACAAGAUAAGGAUAAUGCAUUAAGCGUUUAUGAAACGAGUUUGGAUCCUGGUGUCCAUCUUCAUCAGUCAGUGACUCACAAGCCUGAAACCGCUGUUAAAGAAAUGUGGCUCCAAAAAGAAAGGCAUGCUAAAUUCAAAAGUAAAAGUCCUAAAUUUAGUAGUUCUGCGACAGGUUCUGACAUCCCUCAUUAUUUAGUGACUGAACCGCAGAUAGCGGUCAAAGAAAUCAAUGUUCAGAAAGAACAUGUUCUAGAAAAAGAGAGUGAUAAAUACAGCAGUUCUGGAAUAAUGUUUGGUUCUCAUGUCCUUCCUCACUUAAUGACCGAAACGCCUCACAUUGCUGUUUUGAAGGAGGACCGUGUUGUCCUAGAAGGUCAGAGUACUGGAGCUAGAGGUUUUGCAGUAAAUUUGGCUACUGGUGCCCCUCUUCAUUCAGUCAUUGGCCAACCUCAGCUAACCCGCCUGAAGGAACAAAAUGUUCAUCUGGAAGAUAAAAACCGUGAAUCUAGUCAUUGUAAGAUAAGAUAUGAUUGUGGUGACCCUCAUCUGCUAUUGACUGGACAAUUUAGGGAAGUGGUUAAGAAAACAAAUCUGAGGAAGGAAGGGAAAGUUGUAAUGAAAAAUAAAAAGGUUCAAACUAAAGGUUCUAAAUUAAUACGCUCUUCUGGUGUUUCUCUUCAGCCUGUGGCUGAUAAACCUGAAGGGGCUAUUAAACGAGUAAACCCGGAGAAUGAAGGUCAUGUGAACGUGGAAGAUAAGAGCAGCCAAUGUAGUGGUUCUGAAGUGAGUUUGGAUUCUGAUUUCUUGGUUGAGUCAAUAAUUGAUCAACCUCAAGUAACUGUUUUGGAUCAGGACCACACUGAGCUAGUAGAAGAUAAGCAUAGUCAAUCUGGUGGUUCUGAAAUGAGUUUUGAUUCUGAGGAUCCUCUUCAGUCAGUGGCUGAGCAGGUUAGAGAAACUGUUAAAGAAAUAACCCUUUGGAAGGAUGAAGUUGAUGUGGAAGAUAAGAGGGAUGAAGCUGAUGUGGAAGAUAAGAGGGAUGAAGCUGAUGUGGAAGAUAAGAGGGAUGAACCCAAGGGUUUUGAAAUGAUGUAUGAUUCUAAUGUCCUUCAUCAGUCAGUGGCUGCCCAAACUGAAGAAGUCGUUAAGGGGAUGAACCUUUGGAAGGAGCACGUUGAAAUGCAAGGGAAGAUUGUGGAACCUAGUGAUCCUAAAAUAAAUUUUGAUUCUAAUGAACCUCCUCAGUCUGUGCCUAAUGAAAUUCAAGAUGCUAUUGCAGAAAUAAGUCUUCUGAGGGAAGGACAUGUUUGUCUGGCUGAUAAGGACUAUGAACCCAAUGAUUCUGAAAUAAUUUAUGUUUCAAAUGUCCCUCUUGAAUCAGUGGUUGAGCAACCACACCUUUUGGAAGGGGAACAUGCCAGUUUGGAAGAUAAGAGCACUAUCGCUUGUCCUGAAAUAACUUUCAUUUCUGAUGAUCAUCUUCAGUCAGUGGCUGACCAGCUUCAAAAAUCUGUUAAAGAAGUCAGUCUCUGGAAGGAAGACCAUAUUUACUUGGAAGAUAAGAGCUACAAACUAGGUGACUUCGAGGUAAGUUAUGAUUCUGAUGUUCCUGUUCCCUUUGUGGUUGAUCAGUCUCCUUUGGCUGUCAAAGAAAUAAACUUGCAAAAUGACCUAGAAAAUAAGAGCUGUGGACCUAGUGUUUUUGAAAUAAAAUGUGAUUCUGGUAUUCAUUUGCAGUUAGAAGUUGACCAGUCUGAAGUGGUGUGCAAAGAAAUAGAUCUUCCAAAAGAAAGGCAUCUUGGCAUGGAAGUAAAGACCAGUGAACCUAGUGAUUCAGAAUUAAUGUGUGAUUCUGAUGUCCCUCUUGAAAUAGUGGUUAAUGAACUUCAAGUGUCAGUUAAAGAAGCAAAUCUUAGAAAGAUGCUCUUUGUGGACUUGGUGACCAGUGAUAGUGAUUGUGAAGUGAUUGCGGAGUCUGAUAUGCCUUUUCAGCCAGUGAUUGACUCACCUGACAUGACUGUCAAAGACAUCAAUUGUAUAAAUACGGAAGGCUAUGAUCUAGAAGGUGAAUGCUGUGACUCUUGUGGUUCUGAAAUAGGAUAUGUUUGUGAAGCCUCUCCACAGUCACUGGCAAACCAGUGCAAAGAGACUUUCAAAGUGGUAAACCAGAAGAAAGACUAUAUCAUUCUGCAGGAGUCAAGCUGUGAGUCUUACGGUUCUGAAAUAAAUUUUCAAAUCGACCCCCCAGAUCGGUCUGUGACUUACUCAUCACAAGAAUCUGAUAAAGAAAUGGUGAAAAUUAUUGACUCAGAAGAGAAGAGUUGUGAAUCGGAUAGUCCUAAAACAGAUUUUAAAUGGGAAGACGAUGCUGAGCCAAUGGCUGAGCAGCUCCAGGAAGAAGACAAAGGAAUCAACAUUCGUCAAAGGAAAGGUCUAGAAACCAUUGGCCGAAAAGAAAAGCACUGUGAAGCUACUGUUUCUGCAGUGCGUUGUAGUGCCUCUUCUGGGUCAGCAGUCCAUCAGAGGGCUAGCAAGGGGAAGAUUUUGAAGUUAAAACAUGCAGAUCCAGAAAGUAUGAGCUGUGAACCAUGUGGUUCUGGAAUGAGUUUCCAGUGCUCUCUUCAGUCUGACGCUGACCAGCCUCAAGAAGCCGUUAAUAAAACAGGACUCUACAAGAAGAUGACUCUGGACCCAGAAGAAACAAACCGUGAUUCCCACCCAACCUCUAUUUUCAUAGUUGAUCCUGCCAGGAACCUGGAAAAGGUAAAGGAGGUCAUAGAAGAUGAUCCUGAUGAACCUGUCCUUGAAGCCUUGCCUCAUGUCCCUCCUUCAUUUGUGGGGAAAACGUGGUCUCAGAUAAUGAGAGAGGAUGACAUGAAAAUUAAUGCUCUUGUGAAAGAAUUUAAGGAAGGUCGUUUCCACUGUUACUUUGACGAUGACGGUGAGACCAGGAAGAUAAAAAAAAAAAAUUUGAAUGAAGAAAAAAAGAUUACUUGGACUGACGCGAGUCAGGACACUACCGCAAUUCAAGUUUUUUCAGAUUGUGAUGAUAAUGCAGGUGGCGUUUCAGAUACUGAUGACUUUCCAGUGGCCUUAGAUAAAUCUAGCCAUCAUUCUACAGUCAAGAGGCCUUAUUAUGAACAGUCAUGGCGACUGGCUGCUCGAUGUCAGGCUGUAAAAGUCAGCCAUGGAACUCAAACCAAUUUCUCAAAUCAGUCAGACGCACAAGACAGUGGACAGGAGGAUGACUCAGCAGGGAAGCGUUCGCUUCAACAGGACAAAAAAACAAAAAAGAAAGUGAAAAUUGGAGCACAUGAAUAUCCUGAAACAUGUACUAAAGUUCUGAAGCCUUUGCAACCCAAUGCCUUAGUCUAUGUUAUUUCUUCAAACAUGAAAUUUCAGGACAGUGAAACUGCCAACUUCGCUAAAAAAUACCGCACCCCCAGAAGUCGGGAUGUUAGCAUAGAGUACAAAUACAAACGGAGCCCCUUUAAUUACUAUGACCCACUGAGUAAGGAAAUUGUAAUUGAUCCUCCUCUGAGCUUAGAUGAAUCAGACCCUGACAGAGUUAACUGGCUUCAAGCUAGUCUCAGCGACCUGAGCUCCAGUUCAGGCGAUGAAGACGCUGAAGACUGUGACCCAACAUCCGUUUUGACCAUAAGAGACGAAUUGCUGGCCUAUCCGGGGGCCCCUGUUUCACCUGAGCGAGUGCCACGGCCGGGGACUUCGGGGACCUCGCGGCCGGGGACUUCGGGGAUCUCACGGCCGGGGACUUCGGGGACCUCACAGCCGGGGACUUCGGGGACCUCACGGCCGGGGACUUCGGGGACCUCACUGCCGGGGACUUCGGGGACCUCACUGCCGGGGACUUCGGGGACCUCACGGCCGGGGACUUCGGGGACCUCACGGCCGGGGACUUCAGGGACUUCGAGCGCAGGCGCAGCUCCAAAGGAAAGUAAUUUCCAGGUAACGGUGGUCCCCAGAGACGCCGCCGGGACCUCUUCGGAAGCAGGUACCGGGAAGUUCUCCGAAGGUAAAAAGAAAAUUCAGAGGAGGGUGACAACGAAUGAGGACAAGCCAGACUUCCCCACGAAGGCUUAUAAACCGAUGAGUCUCCAGGCACAGCCCAGGCUCGCUUCCGAAAGACGGCCCAUUUGGAUUCGGACCAAAGUAAACGAUAUCAUUCGAAAGUAUCUUUCAAAAUACUCUUUCCUGCGUCGCAAGUAUCAGUCCCGGAGCGCGUUUCUCCGACUGCAUCUUAACCAGAAGAAAUGCGACCCCCCCAAGGCGAAGGCAAAGGCGAAGGCGGCGGCGAGGAGCACCACCCACAUGGUUCUGCGGUCGUCGGUUCAGCCGGUGCCCGCGGAUCCUCCGGUGCCCUCGGAUCCGCCGGUGCCCGCGGAAUCGCCGGUUCCUCCGGUCCCGCGGGUUCCCCCGGUCCCGCGGCUUCCCCCGGUUCCCCCGGUCCCGCGGCUUCCCCCGGUUCCCCCGGUCCCGCGGCUUCCCCCGGUUCCCCCGGUUCCCCCGGUUCCCCCGGUUCCCUCGGUCCCCCCGGUUCCCUCGGUCCCGCGAGCUCCGCCGGUGGCGGUGGUGGCGGCGGCGGCGGCGGUAGCGCCCGAGGGACAGUCCCUGACGGCCCCCGGCUCCGGCCCCAAGCCGCGGGGGCUGCGGGGUGCAGGCCGGAGGAGGAAUGGUAAGAAACGCUCUCGGAAGAAGAGAAGACGACGACUCUCCCGACCCGUGAAGAUCUACUCUUUGAGAAGCCUGUACUCCCAGGUGGCCGCCUCCGACAGGAUGAGGACUCGGCUGUCAAGCAAGCGAGAGGCCGACGAGACCGCCUAGACGCGCGGAGGCGAGCUGAGCAGUCCGUGCUUCCCUCGAAACACAUUUGUGCGCUUAGCUUUCCCAGCUUCGGUGAAAAAAAUUUACCUUCAACUAUUUUGCUACAGACAUUAUUUUUCAGAACUUUUAUAAUUCAUUUAAAAUUAGUGUUUAAGGUCUCUCUCUCUCUUUUUUUUAGAGAUCCAAACGCAUCCUUUGUCCAUUUGCCGUAGAAGAGCUUCACCUUAAUUUACAGCUAUAAUUUAGCACAGUAUAUAUACACUUUUUUUUUUCCUCUUUCAAAUCACGUCCCUCUUAUUUAUUUUUUGAUUGUAUCUCAUGUCAGCAGGACAUAAUACUGCAAAAAUGAAUGUGACAAACAUUGAAUGCUAUCUUAUUUUUACUUUUUAAAAAUUGAAACAAAGGAAUAUGUACUUCUGUGCGUUUCAGAGUGGCAUUGUCAAUACCGUAUUCUAACUGGAGAAUUAAAAAACUAGAAUAAGUUAUCUCAGCUUUCCAGUGAGGUUGAUUUAAAUAAUCACCAACAAAAUAGAAUUGAUCUUUCUUUUAAAAGCAUCUAAGAAAAUGAGAUUCCGUAAUCUUUAAUCCAGUUUUUAAAAACUGCCUAAUGAUUUUCUAUACACACAUACAAACUCCUUCUGCUGCCUUUAAAUUGGAUUUGCAAGUUUCUAACUUAUUUGGACACAUGCACAUAUACAGUCUCUGUAGGUUUUUCUUUAGCAUUAUUAGAUCUUAAGGGGAGAAUGAUCUUGCCAGUGUAAUUAUGUUUCCCACCACCUUUAUUCCUUUCCACCUGAAGUACUGGUGGUUUAAUAUGAAAAGCUGGGUUAUCUUCAUGGCCUUAUCUCUUAAAAAUAUUUCAGCCACUAUCCUAUCGUUUUCUGUAAUUAUUGAACUGAAAUUGAGCUAAAAUUACAGCUUUGGCAAUUUGGGCAGACCAUUAAUUGCCCUUAACUAAUUAUUUGUAAUCUUAGUAUUUCGAAAGAUCUAAUAAAACUGAUAACCUACAUGGAGGCCAGUUUUGCAAGGGAAAAACUACAUAUUUGUACAUUCGUUUGGCUUUCCUUAAACUUACUAACGGAUUUUAAUAGUUCAAACAAAAGAUGUUAAGAUAAGCAGUUUGGUCUGAGAUACUCAGAACAUGUUUAGAUCCUUUAUUUGGGGACACUAGUUGAGCUGGUACAGACACAUCUAAUUACCCUGUUUAAGACAAGGAUCCUGGAUCCUUUCUAUCAUUAAUGUUAAAGGAAACAUGAAUUUCAACUCUCUUGUAUAAACCAUAUCUUAUUGAAACUAGAUCAGUGUACCAUGAUUUCAGAGAUAAAAAUGUGUUACUUUAGACUUAAUGAAAUAUAGUGUAACAGUUGGUGUCUAAAUGUAGUUUUAUUUCAGGGGCCGUUUUUAACCUGUGGGUAUGUUAUGGCGUUCUGUUGUAAUUUCUUUACUUCUAAAUUUAAAACAUAAUUCUGUUGAAAAACAAAUGGGCAAAUGUUUAUAUUUUUAGUUGCAAAGCAACUUCAGCCUUGCCUCAUAUACAAACAUAUUUUAAUUCCCCUCCUUAAAAUGAUACUAUGGGCCACUAGUUUAAAAUACUCCUCCAAUUUUAAUUUAGAAAGAAAACUGUCCUAUUGUUUAUGAAGUAAACAGCAGUUAAUAUGUGAAAAUAUUCUAUUUGUGGAUACUGGUGUCAUCUUUUCCCUAUAAAGUAGACACGGGCAAUUUCCUUAAGUACUAUUAGUAGGCAUUCUGGAUGCUUUAGGCUUAAGUUAAAAAGCAGAUCAUACGGAAAUAAUGUACUCAAUGAAUAUGUUGUGUCAUAUCUAUUGUGAUUGCAUCACGCGGAGAGGACAGUUCUUAUAAGUGAAAUGAUCAAAACAGUUAAAAAAUUUUACUACUUUUUUCACAUUGGAGACUCUUCUAAAUACCAUUUUUUUGAGAGAAAAAAGGUUUAUAUUGAAAAUUUAUAUUACUAAAAAAUCAAAGUAUAGUACAGUCCUGAUUAUUUUUUUUAACAUUUUGCAAAUGUUUAUAAGUUCCUGUAGUCAUUAUUUUAGACAAGCUUGAAAAAUUGAAAUUGUAAAAAUUAUAAUUUAAAUUAAAGUAGAAAUGAUUUACUUUCAGAAUUUGGUAGGCUACAAGAUGUGCCCCUUUGUCAAAAUAUAUUUUGGCUUCAUUUGCAGUUUAGAUGAAAGAGUUGGAUGUUUUUUGUGUAUUCAAGAGUGUGUUCAAUUCUUUUAAUAGUGAUAAAUCAAGUUAUAACAACAAUGAAUAUUUUAUUAAUCUUGUCCUUGUUCAGUAUCUUGCAUAAAUUUUUAUUAUGAUUGUCCCAAGUUAUACAGUAUGUGGACAAUAUUGUGUGAAGUGUGUUUUGCAUUUGUGCAUUUAAAUUAUUUGUGUAAUUAGGGCUCUGAGUGACACUUUUUGGUAAAGAGAAACUAUAUUUAAAUAUUCAAGCAAGUAUAUAUUUCCAUGUAAAGCUAAUGUGAAGACUAAUGUAUUUUUUAUAAUGCAGUUUAAAGAGUAAAUUUGUUUUCAAAGUUGCCAAGAUAAAAUUUAUCAAAUAUUGAAAUUUGUCUCUACUUUCUCCUCAAGUUAGGAAGUUUUUCUGGGAACACUUAAGGAAUCAGAGAAUAAUGAAAACGAAUUCAUUUUAUAAAUGGUCUUAGAGAUAAUAAAGAAGAGAAUAUAAAUGUUGAUGCUGGUGAGGAAAUAGUUUAACCAAAGAUAUACAGGUAUGUUCAUGGAGUACUUAUUUCAAAGGAUUAAAUUUAACAACUAUUUGUUUCUCUGGUGGAGUAGUGGGUUAGCAACUUCUCACUUCGUAUACCUGUAUCGAAAGAGUCAAUGAACGGGACUGAGUUGAGGAGGCAGAAGCCACAUCAUUAGUUGACACCUGGUGGGAAGAGAGAACUUUGAUGCCUCCAGUAUCAUAGCGUAUGUUAUAAAGGACAAGAAAACAUGGAAAAGUAUACGUAUGUCACUGAGGUCAGGGCCUUGGGUCUCAAUAGUAAUGGUUUCUGGGUGUUUUGGGUCCAGGAUCAUAUUGCUAAGACGGAACAACAGCCUACUCUCUGUGAUAAAAAAUUACUAAAGUAAAAAUAUAUGAUGGAUGUCCAUACUCACUAAAGGACUUUUCUAUAUAAUAAAAUGUGGAACAUACUGAAAAAUCAUGUAAUUAGGGAAUUAACACAUCAAAAUGUCAACCUGAGAAGAUGAGAGGCUGAGGAAGAGUCUCAACAUUUCCUUAAACUUUAUUUGACCCCAAAUAUUGGGAAAUGAGACAGUAAGUUUCCUUUGUUCUUCUUAUACUUUAUACGUGUAUUUAAAAAGUUCUCCCCGAAUAUUUUAAAUAAUUUACCUUGAUUAAGAAAUAGGUCUAGGAUGAACUAUAAUUUGUUGCUGAAUCUUUAAAUAAGUAUGAACUUAUACUUUAUUUACGUUUAUAAUUUAUUAUAUGCAUGUGGUUUUUUUUAACAUGCAUUUUAUUUUCUAAGUUUUUAAGCUGGACGUGUGUGUGUGUGUGUGUGUGUGCGUGUACAUCUUGAGCCCUUACUUACUAAGUGCCGGGCAUCGUUCUGAGCUUUUAACCUGUAUUAUCUCAUUUGAUCUUCAAAGAGCCCUAUGAGUUAGGUACUGUGAUUGUCACUAAAUAGCUCUAUGCCUCAAUUUUGGGAUUACAAAUGAGUUGUUAUUUACUGUGUUCAGAUGGGGAUUACAGUCCCCAGUGCCAGGACACCACUAAUCUACUGUCUGUAUAGUUUAGCCUUUUCUGGACAUUUUAUGUAAAUGGCAUCAACAAUAUGUGGUGUUUGUGUCUGGCUUCUUCAUUUACUAUAGUGUGUUUGAGGGUCAUUCAUGUUGUGGCAUGUAUCAGUAUUUUGUUCUGUUUUUAUUGCUGAAUAGUAUUUAUAAUUAGUUUUUAAUGAAGCUGGUAACAGAAUGCUGGUCUCCUGACAAAUAUGAUAAAAGCUGUUAGGCUUGAGGCUAGCUGUUCCUUUAUGGCUCUCAUCCCUGUUACCCUGAUUAUUACCCCAUUUCCAAGACCAACUGGAUAUCUGCCUUUUUAAGUGCCCUUAUCCCAUACUUGAAUGCUUUAUACUUCUCUGUCUUUGGCUCUUACUCCCUUCAUUGCCCAUCUUGGCAACUUCACCGUGCUCUCUGAAUUCUCAUUUUCAUUGUCAACACAUUAUCCUCUGUUUUCUCAAUCUUUUUCACAGUGGAGUGCUUGAAUGUAACAGAACUGAGAAUCACAUCCAAGUUAGCCAUUCUCUUAAUCUCCACAGGCUGGAGAGCCAGGCAGUGUUGGUGAUGGUACUGGUCCUGGUGAACACUCUGCUUUACAAUCACACUUAUCCAUAACCCCAGUACACACCAUCAAAGUCAGGAAAUCAACAUUGAUAAUGGUAUAACUCUAUUCCACAGACCUCAUUUGGAUUUUACAGAUUGUUCUACAGUUCCCUCUAUAGGUCCAGGAUUCUACCCAGGAUCACACACUGUCAUGACUGUUCAGUUUCCUUCUGUAUGGAGCAGUUCCUCAGCCUUUCUUUGUAUUUAAUAACUUGACAUUUUGAAGUGUACAAACCAGUUUCUUUGUGGAAUGUCCCUCAGUUUGAGUUUGUCUGGUGUUUCUUUAUAGUUAAUGCUUUGCGGGGGUGGGGGUGGGGCAGAAAUUCUGUGGACUUUUCAAUGUAUCCUAAUCGCAGCCAUGUGAUGUCAGUUUGAAUAAAAGUGGUGAUUGAAAAUA